GACAGUUCAGGGCAGGCACACUGUCCGACUUGUGUCGUAAAGGUACCGUUUAUGGCGGUAUGGCAUGGCCUACAGUCUUGUCUACAGUCUAGCCGUGCAGAUAAUAAUAUAUGCAGGUCCAAUACAAUCGAUCUCCACAGACUGAAGCCAAUUAGCUGUACUUCGACGACACUGUUCAAAGGGUUCGAGGCCGUCAAGAAUCGAUGUCCGAAGUUUUCGGGGACAACAUACAUAGCCUCACAGCAUUGAUGGGGUCACUGGCCGCACAAAAUCCAGACACAUACUGGGGAGCUUCAGUUACUUAUUCGGUUUGAACGAUGACCCCAACACUAGUACUUGCACUCGCCCUCAUAACACUUGUAUCUUUCGUGGUAGUCCAAUCCUUGCAAAAGAAGAGAGAGACUAAGAAGCAUCAUCUACCCCCUGGUCCUCCACCUCUCCCUUUUGUUGGAAAUGUGAUUGGAAUCGACCCAGAUCAUCCAUGGUUAGCAUACUCAAGAUGGGGAACUGAGUAUGGGGAAAUCGUUUACACCCGACUCUUCAGUCAGGACAUCGUGAUCAUCAACUCCGAAAGAGUUGCACAUGACUUGCUCGAUCGUCGUUCACAUAACUAUUCCACGAGACCUCCAGGGCUCGUGCAUAUUCUUGACUUUUUUGGUCAUGACUACUCCACUACCUUUCUACCCUACUCAGACAAGUGGAGACUUCACAGGCGAAUCUUCCAUGAAGCAUUCCGUUUAGAAGCAGUGUCAUCCUUCCGUCCGAUUCAAAUGCGCAAUGCUCGCAGUUUGAUACUGAACCUACUAGCCUCUCCGGAGGUGUAUGGAACCCAUUUACACACGUUAGUAAUAUCUCCUUUCAUGUAUUGCGUGGCUGAACAAUACUUUCUACGUAGCUUCAGCACGUCUACCAUAAUGUCAAUCAUGUAUGACUAUGCUAUAGCGCCUGUCAAUGAUCCUUUCCUCGCGCUCAUUGAACGCUCACUUGAGAUAGAUGUAAGAGUGUUCAGGCCCGAGGUCGCAGCUGUUGUAACACAAUUCCCCAUAUUAGAAAAACUCCCUCCUUGGCUCCCUGGAGCGAGCUUUGUCAGGGAUUUUAUAGUCCAGAGAACCCUCGUUCCCAUGAUUGUGGACAUGCCCUUUGAACAUGUCAAGGCCAACAUGGCCGCGGGGACAGCUGCACCAUCCGUGGUGUCGGAUGCAUUGACACGUAUAGCAGUCAAAACACAAGAUGAAGGGGAGGCCGCUGUUUUGGAGAAAGGGAUCAAGGAAUCCAGUGCAACUGGUUAUGCUGCCGCCUCAGGAACUACGACGUCCACUUUAUACGUCUUCCUGCUCGCGAUGGUUCUGUAUCCCGAGGUGCAAGCACGUGCGCAAGCAGAGAUUGAUUCUGUCAUCGGGGAAACUCUUGAAAGAUUACCCAACUGGGAUGAUCGCGCUUCUAUGCCCUACAUCAAUGCCAUCAUACUGGAGACGCUAAGGUGGUUCCCUGUCGCCCCUCUGGGUAUUGCACAUGCCACGGUCAAUGAAGACAUCUACGAAGGCUACUAUAUUCCAAAAGGGGCUACUGUAGUACCCAACGCAUGGUUUAUGGCGCGCAAUCCAGACAAAUAUCCUAACCCGACGAGGUUCAUACCCGAGCGUCACAUGUCAAAAGUCGCCGUCGAAGAGCCGUCAACACACGACCCUGCCAGUGAUGUCAUUUCUUUUGUUUUUGGAUUUGGAAGGCGUAUUUGUGUUGGACGACAUGUUGCCGAUGCUUCUUUAUUCGCCGCAGUUGUGAAUAUUCUAACUGUUUUCCGGUUGGAACGUGCGCCAGGGUGGAAUGUCGGGCCUGAUGCUGAAGGAGUGGAAUGGACCGGAGGCUUAACGACGCACCCUGUAUUCCCGUGUAUAUUCACCCCUCGCCACACGAAGGAAAGAGUAUCGCAGUUGAUAAAAAUGUAAUGCUAAGAGCUGUGCGGAUAUGGUUCUGGGGUGAAAUCAUGUAUCACCUUUGUUCUUAGUGUCGUUGGCCUUCGUUAAUGAUCCGUCAGCAUAUUCAACAUGGGAAGAGGCGCCAAAUAGAGGUUAAAUGUAAGGCGAGUCCGUUGCAUCUUGUGCACACAAGGAUCUUGGGAGUCUAUUGGAUGGAG